AUGAACCAGAAGUGGACACAAGCUGCUAGACGCUUUGGAUAUUCCCCAAAGGCGCGCCAUCGAUUCGUAGCACUGCAGAGCACAAAUUCCAACUGGGAAGAGAGCGUCACAAAAGCCAAGACCAAGUCGCGAUUUUCGGUUGUUCAACGCCCGGGCGCGUCUGGACUUUGCUACUAUUCGUCCGACGAAGAGACUGUGACAACCAAGUCAGCAGCAAGUGGACAGCGAGUGCGACGUGCUUCUCUUGCAGAUGGGCAAGGGCAGCCAGCCACGGGGCGUGCAGUAGCGCGAAUUGGCCAGUUUUUCGUAGAGGGCGAUGGUGCCUUGCAAGAAGCGAGAUUUUGGCUGCUCUUCUUUCGUGCAUCAGACAUCACGUCGAGCCUCGGCUCCACUCGGGACGCAACUAUAUAUCCUUCCUUGUACAACCUUGGGCCCUUGGGCGCUUGGCGCGCCCAAGUUGCUGUGGUUCUUUCGUGGGAUGCAAUCACAAUCGCCGCCAGCAUUUUCGCCAAGACAACUCAAGUGCCGACAACUCCGGCCUAG